AUGGGGGACAUUAACGACCUGGAGAAAGCGAUCGAAUGCCACUCUCGUGCACUUGCGCUCACUCCCGACGGCCACCCUGGCCUGCCACACCGCCAUGCUGCUCUAGGAGUGUCGUACACAGACCGAUAUCAACGGAUGGGGGACAUUGCAGACCUGGAGAAAGCGAUCGAAUGUCACUCUCGUGCACUCGCGCUCACUCCCGACGGCCACCCGGACCUGCCACGCCACCAUGGCAAUCUAGGAUUGUCGUACGGACACCGAUAUCAACGGAUGGGGGACAUUACCGACCUGGAGAAAGCGACCGAACACUUGUCUCGUGCACUUGCGCUCACUCCCGACGGCCACCCUGACCUGCCAGACCGUCAUGGCAAUCUAGGAGUGUCGUACACAGACCGAUAUCAACGGAUGGGAGACAUUGCCGACCUGGAGAAAGCGACCGAACACUCGUCUCGUGCACUUGCGCUCACUCCCGACGGCCACACUGGCCUGCCACGCCGCCAUGCUGAUCUAGGAGGAUCGUACAGAGACCGAUAUCGAUUGAUGGGGGACACUACUGACCUAGAGAAAGCGAUCGAAUGCGACUCUCGCGCACUUGCGCUCACUCCCGAUGGCCAUCCAGACCUGCCAGACCGCCAUGGCAAUCUAGGAUUGUCGUACGGAGACCGAUAUCGACGGAUGGGGGACAUUACCGACCUGGAGAAAGUGAUCGAACACUCGUCUCGUGCACUUGCGCUCACUCCCGACGGCCACCCUGGCCUGCCACGCCGCCAUGCUGAUCUAGGAGGAUCGUACAGAGACCGAUAUCAACGGAUGGAGGACAUUAACGACCUGGAGAAAGCGAUCGAAUGCCACUCUCGUGCACUUGCGCUCACUCCCGACGGCCACCCUUACCUGCCACACUGCCAUGCUGCUCUAGGAGCGUCGUACACAGACCGAUUUCAACGGAUGUGGGACAUUACCGCCCUGGAGAAAGCGAUCGAAUGCCACUCUCGUGCACUUGCGCUCACUCCCGACGGCCACCCAGACCUGCCACGCCGCCAUACUGCUCUAGGAGUGUCGUACAGAGACCGAUAUCGAUUGAGGUGGGACAUUAACGACCUAGAGAAAGCGAUCGAAUGCGACUCUCGUGCACUUGCGCUCACUCCCGACGGUCACCCAGACUUGUCUUUGCGACGAUACAAAAUGGCCAUAUCCUAUCACGAACAAUAUCAGAACACAGACGAUCCAUCCCAUCUUCAUGCCUGCCUCACUUCCUUUCGCCAGUCCUCCAAGUUAUCAUCUGCGGCACCACGCGAUGUAUUUGACAAUGCUCUUCGUUGGGCAAACCUCGCAUUCGAGCAUCCUUAUCUCAAUCCCCUCGAGGCUUUACGCGAGGCUAUGGACCUUUUGCCUCAUUUUAUCUGGCUAGGCGCCACCACCGCUCAGCGCUAUCACGAUCUGGUUUUAAUCGAGAAUCUCGCCGUAAGAGCCAGUGCUACUGCUAUCCGGUCCUCCAAGUGCGCCACGGGUCUUGAGUGGCUAGAACAUGGGCGAUGCAUUGUUUGGAAUCAGUCCCUCGUGCUUCGGUCUCCUCUCGACAACCUUAAAGCGUCUCACCCAGUACUCGCCGCUCAGCUUCAUGCGGUCUCCGCGCAGCUCCAUCAUGCCAACUCUGGGUCUCCACCCCUCGAAUCCGUCGAUGAUGCUCCCGAACAUAGACAUCGUUUAGCAAAGGAAUAUAGUCAUUUGCUAGCCCAGGCACGCUCAUUUCCUGGGUUCGAAGACUUUCUGCAACCCACAAAAGCUACCGGCCUGAUGCGGGCGGCUCGACACGGACCUGUGGUUGUGAUCAAUUGUCACCAGAACGACUGCGAUGCGCUAGUGAUUGUGCCCGGACAAGAUCACAUCGGGCACGUCUCUCUUCCUAAUUACACGCAAUAUAAAGCACAGAAUGGCUGGUCAGAGAUAGAACAACUGCUGUGCAACAAGUCACUUCGAGAGCGUGGGUUCAAGCCCAAGGGUGGCCGGGUACGAGAGCCCGACCCAGACAUCGGGUCCGUACUUGCAGAUCUCUGGAACGGCCUAGUGAAGCCAGUGCUUGAACACCUGGGAUAUCUGGCCGACCAUACCACCGACCCACUCCCACAUAUCACAUGGUGCCCUACCGGCGCACUCUCCUUCUUGCCGCUACACGCAGCCGGCGACUAUGACCAGCCCCGAUCAAGAGUGUUCGAUUACGUUGUAUCGUCCUAUACCCCGACGCUUACUGCUCUGCUCGCCUCUGCGCCAACCGUGGCGAAUCGAGCUCCUCGUGUGCUUGCUGUUGGACAAAUGGCUACGUCUGGCUACAGCCAGCUACCAGGCACAGCCAGGGAACUCGCAUCUAUCAAGACUCAUACGCAGGAUCGGGCCGAGUACUCGCAGCUCACCGGCAGCAAAGCGACCGCGACGGCUGUACUUGACGCGAUGGAGGAGCAUGACUGGGUACACCUUGCUUGCCAUGCUCAUCAGAACGUGACCGACCCGACCAAGAGCGGGUUCUUCCUGCAUGGCGGGAGGUUGGACCUUGCUGCGAUCAACCAACGAUCUUUUAGGAACAAGGGACUGGCGUUCCUAUCGGCCUGCCAAACGGCGACAGGGGACGAGAAACUACCGGACGAAGCGAUCCACCUUGCGUCGGGGAUGCUGAUGGCGGGAUAUCGGAGUGUGAUCGCGACGAAGUGGUCUGUGAUGGACGAAGACGCACCGGUGGUGGCGGAUGCGGUGUACGGGCAGCUAAUGAAGGAUGGGGAUAUAGGAAAUGGACAGGCAGGGAGGGCGUUGCACAAUGCUGUGGCAGUACUGCGAGAGAAGGUGGGAGAGAGAAACAUUGCGCGAUGGGCGUCAUAUAUCCAUAUAGGGUCGUAG